AGAGUGUAUCAUAAAUUUAAAUUAAAAAUGGUCAUAACUCACUUAAAAACUGAAUUAUCGUAAAAAAACUUCCAACAAAACACAGAGAAUUCCGCCAAUGGUCAGUUGAUGUCUAAUCGUCGAACAGUUUAGUCUUUCAAUUGUAAUAACGAGUGAAUUGUCGUGUUACAAUGUCACUAUAUAUCAUUUAAAAUGUCAUAUGGCAAUCAUCCGGACCACCCUUGACAUUAAUUAGUCCGGAUAAUCGGAGUUCUACUGUAAUCGAAUUUUGAUUAAAAAAUAUAAAUUAUGUAUUAAUAUAUUAUAAACUUUAUUAGAUAAGUUGCAUAGAUUAGGUAGGUACACCUAUUUUUAAUAACAUUCCUCACUUUAACUCUAUAAGGCUAACCUUCUGUCUUAAAAAACCUACAAAUUAGGUGUUUUUAUUAAAGCUUACAUUAUUGAUUAUAUGUCAUUCAUUUUCCAAACAGGAAAACGUGCAUGUUAUUCGUAAUCGUUGCCAAUUUAAAUUAUGACAAAAAACAAAAAAAAAACCACGUUAAAAACAAGUUCGGUAUUGUAUAUUAUUUUCUAUUACACGUUGUGCAGCGGCAAGUGCGAUUGUGUAGACAGUGUGCUUUGCGACAAGUCCGAGUGGUGACUCUCCCAAGACGACACCGCCGCCGCUGUUUUCAGGAGGACUAUGGUGCUGCUACUUUUGCUGUUAAUGUUCUCUUCCUCCUCAUCGUCGUUUCAAUCAGUCACCGCUGAGUGCCCGGACAAAUGCACGUGUGAAGAAGAGAAAGUCUACUGCAUUGACCAGGAACUGGACCGGAUACCCACCCACAUACCUCCGGCUACCAAAAAGUUGGAAUUGAGUCACAAUGAAAUCAGGGAUGUCAAAUCAUUAGCUCAUCUGACAGAGUUACAGUCAUUGAACUUGAAUAGAAAUUAUAUCAGGGAUAUCGAAUCAUUAGCUCGUCUGACAGAGUUACACGUCUUAAAUUUGAACAACAAUAAUAUAAGUGAGGUGAAAAAUGGUGCAUUUGCAAAUCUUUCGAAGCUUCAGAUAUUGGACUUGAGCUACAAUGAAAUCAGGGAUAUUGAAUCAUUAGCACAUCUGACCGAUUUAGAGGACUUAAAUUUGAGCAACAAUAAUAUAAGUAAGGUGAAAAAUGGUGCAUUUGCAAAUCUUUUGGAGCUUCAGAUAUUGUUCUUGGAUAGUAAUAAAAUCAGGGAAAUCGAACCGAAAUCAUUUAAUCAUCUUACAGAGUUAGAGAUCUUAAAUUUGAGCAACAAUAAUAUAAGUGAAGUGAAAAAUGGUGCAUUUACAAACCUUUCGAAGCUUUGGGCAUUGUAAGAAUAUAAACUAACAAAUAGUGAUUAUUUAAAAUGUAAUAUGUACCUUAAAACAAUAAGAAUUAUUUGUAAUCUAAGAUGACCCUGGGCCUCCACACGAGUUUUUCUCAGUGAAGCCUAGUAAUCAUUCGAUAUUACUUAAAAGAAAAAAAAAAGGUGGAUAGGUGGAUAUUGAGUUAUAA